GAGCAAACGCUAACACAUCUUUACUCCCGCUUCCGACAAUCUCAGUGGCCGGUACGAAGUAGACUCGUUCUGGAACGCACAGAAGGGUACCUACCCCCUCCCCCCAAAGCGUGCAGCCGCUCUCGAUCCCAUGCAUCAAAUGACGCAAUACCGCCCAGUCUUUCUAUUCUUUUCUUCUUCUUCUGCCCGCGUCGAGGUUGGCCGAUAUCGCGGCGCCAUGCCAUUAUGUCUUACACCGAACAAUUACGCAUUCCUUUUUUUCCCGUACCAGUCCGCCCCCAACCUGUGACUAGGGCGGGACCGGCCGGGUCCACUCAUUGGCCGACCGGGUGGGGCUCUCCGCUUCAUAGAGACCAUCCACAAUUCCGAUCCACGACACAUGUAAAUGACAAAAGAAAAAAGCUCUGGCUGUGUGGCUGGUCCCGAGAAGGUGCUUGCUUUCAACGGACGGCUCAUCUAGCGGUCAAUGUCGACGAGAACGAAAACCAAGGUAUACCCGACUACGGGGAUCACUUCGUCAGACUGGGCUCUGUUUCGCGAACUGUUCGCCAGGAGAAGGGACAUGUGUCUGUCAGCUUAAUGGCGCUCGUCUCUUGGCCCCCAACAAACAUAUUUGUGUGCGUUCCGGUGUCGCUAAUAUCGGAGCGGCUGAAGGCACCUGCACUUCAGCCGCAACAAUCUUACCUGCCAGCGAGCAAUUUCCUUAGUCACUCUGCGCAGCCAAUGUCCAUCCACUUGGAGGGUGGGCAGUAAGCUUGCCUGCCGGCCUAUAACAUGACAUAGUAGUAUGGCCUCUGACUG